UCUACUUGGCCAAAUGGUUGAUACGGUAUUGCAACACGGAAACUGAUAAGAACCAUCCGGGAAAAAUAGCAACGAUUGGUGACGUGAUCCAAACUGGUCUUUCAGUCUUUUAGUUUUGUUGCAAGAGCGUAGCAAAGAUGGUCUCUAAAGAACAGAAAAUCUUCAUUGGAUUUGUUACAUUGGCUAUGUUAGUUCUUUUCAUACGGCACGAGCUGAUUCAGAGCAAGUUGGUCUCGCUGGAGAUUAAGCUGCACACUCUACAUGCCGCCAGUAUUAAUUCUAAGCAGAGUGCAGAGAAACGCUACCCACCUCCCAAGGUGGUUCCAAAGGUGUACGAACUACAGCAGGACGGCUUCUACCGGCUGCCGGACGUCCAGGAUAACGAAGCCGAACUGCAGUACAAAUCGGAGAUGAACAUCUUCUUCGUGGUUUCCACGAUAUUCCAGGCCGGCCUGGCCAAGCUGACACCGCGACAGUCCUGUGCGAUUGAGUCCGCGGCGCGUGCGAAUCCCAGCUGGAAGGUUUUUGUUCUGUUUGUAGCUGCUCGAGGGUUCAGCUUUUUCAACAGUUCGGAUAUCGUGUCGUUGCUACCGUUGGAGAAUGUUUAUCUUAGGAGUGCAAAUAUGAGCGCGAUUGCCUAUGGGACUCCACUGGAGGAAUUGGUGGCCGCGGGGACGCUGAACAAUGCCAGCUAUGUCGUGGAGAACACUUCCGACCUGUUGAGGUUGCUGGCGGUGUACAAGUACGGUGGGACUUAUCUGGACACGGACGUCGUCGUCAUGAAGUCAUUCAACGAGCUACCGCUGAACUAUAUGGUCUCUAGUGGGGAUGGCUAUGUUGCGAAUGGGUUCAUCAACCUGCAGGCCACCGGAGUUGGGCACGAGAUUGCGGAGCUGUUUUUGCGGGACGCUGCCCACACCUUCAACGGAGAUCGAUGGGCCGCAAAUGGGCCAUCGCUGGUGACGCGAGUGCUGCAAAAGUUCUGCAACAUUACCGAGCCGUGGUUCAUGACGCGAGAAAAGUGCGGUGGACAGUUUGUGGUGCUUCCGCCGGAGCAAUUCUUCCAGGUGUACUACCCACAACAUGGUUGGUUCUUCGAGGAGGAGCACACCGAGGAGGUGAUGGAACGGAUGAAGGGUCGCAUCUUGACGCACGUGUGGAACCGGAUGACCAGCGAUAUCAAAAUUCGGAAGGACAGCAAAGUGGCGUACAUCGAGCUGGCCAAGCAGUACUGUCCGAACGUGUUGAAAUUUUGUGAUACGGCGUUUUGAAUAGAAAUUGUUACAAAUAAAUAACUUAUUUUAU